AUGUAUGUCGCCGGCCCUACUUUGGAGAGGGCCAGUCUCUUGCAUGUAUGCAAGAUCACUCACGAGCGCCCGACGCCCAGUCAGAGCGAAGCCCCCAUUCAAAGCCGCUUCGAAUUUGCCUCUACCACGGCUGCAGCCACCGGCGACGACAAUCGAUAUUGGUACCUUCGUGACCCGCGGUGGCUGGGUGCGAGACCUCGUCUACUGGGCUGGAAUCCGCUGGCUGACCUUUUUGCCCUCUUUCCCAACCUGAACCGCCUAGAGAUCGCCUUGACUCAACUCACCGGGCCUAUGCUUCUCCGCCUCAUUUAUCAAACACAACUCUCCGUGCUCAUAUUGACUCAGCUUCCCCAAUAUCGCAAAUUUCAAUCAGAGUGGGUAGCUGAUGUUCCCUGUUUUCAACUUUGGACGUGCCAACGUGAACUCGGUGAAAUUCAUGGGAUUGAAUCCUAA